AUGCACAUUUCUCAAAGCCUUAUUUUUGCAGCCACGUUGGCUAAAGGCGUCAUCGCCCUAGAGGCACCUAUACCCGGAUAUGGUGUUGAAGUGCUGCAGUGGGAUGUUGUGGUUUCUCCUGGCAAGGUAGAGGUUCUAAACGGCACGAUCCAGGAGGUCUACGCACAGGCUCUCCAAAUCAAUCCCGACUUCAAAAUUAUCCCCGUUUCUGAGAUGGAUCUGCACGAGCGGCGGGACAUCCUCGAGAGACGUCCUCCCGUCGAGUGUGGCAUCUGGCCUCUUGCGGAAAAAUUCAGAAUUGAGGAGGGUAUUGGGUACCUGCGUGGCUUAGAAGGGUCGCCUAGCCACGGCCCCGGUCCGGGUAUCUGCGCUCGGGUUAGCUGUUCAUAUAAUGCUGCUAUCUGGUGGUGCAAUGACAAUACAAACCCGAUCACUCUGGACAAGUGGUACUGGCUUGCCGAUAGCGCCCAGCAUAUUGUUAAUACUUGUGCUCCCUAUUCUGAGGAAGUUUCGGGGAAAAACGUGGAGGGGUCUAACUGGUAUUCAUUUAUCGGCCGUACAGAAUGCUAA